CCGCUUUAUCAUGUGACUUUGUUCAUGUAAACAUGGCGUCCGGGCAAAACAAGAUGUUGAAAGUGGGCUGUUUAGCGACUGUUUUUAAUGUUUCUGUAGUUUUACUCGCGUGGAGUCUUACGUGUUUGUGUGUCGGAGGUGAAAUACAAAGCGCGGUGAUUGACAAACAGAGUGGACAACUGUCCGUGGUGGACGGAUUUCGAGAGGAUUUCGUCGCGUGGGCGAAUUUCACUGAUGACAUCGAAACAUCAGGCUGGUCCUUCUUGGAGGUGACCACCAGCAGUCAGUACAAUGACAGUAUACAGGCUUAUGCUGCUGGUGCAGUGGAAGCUGCAGUCACAUCUCAGCUCAUCUAUAAGCACUGGAUGAACACGCUCAUGGGUUACUGCGGGCCCUUCAAGAGUCAGACUGGUUACUGUGAGCGACUCAAGGCUUUCAUCUCAACCAACCUGCAGUGGGUUCAAGACCAAAUAGAGAAAAAUCCAAAUUCACCCUACUGGUACCAGGUGCGUCUGGCCCUGCUGCAGCUCAAAGGACUGGAGGACAGUUACGAUGAUGAGUUAUCGUUUCCACAGGGGCCGCUCUCCUUCAACCCGUUUGGCUUCUUACUUUUCCAGCUGGGUGGGGACCUUGAGGACUUGGAAUCGGCUCUGAACAAAUCCAGCCAGACAAGACCUCUUGGAUCUGGGUCCUGCUCUGCUCUCAUUAAGCUAUUGCCAAACAAUAAGGAACUGCUGGUGUCACAUGACACCUGGAACACGUAUCAGUCCAUGCUCCGCAUUAUGAAGAAAUACAUCUUUGCCUUCAAAGUCUCACCUUUAGACAACCUUUUUCUUCCUGGAGGGACUCAGGCAUUCUCAUCUUACCCUGGAUCUAUCUUCUCUGGCGAUGACUUUUACAUCCUCAGUAGCGGCUUGGUUACCUUGGAAACCACCAUUGGCAAUAGCAACCCUGCUCUGUGGAAGUUUGUGCAGCCCACAGGAAGCGUCAUGGAAUGGCUGAGGAACAUCGUGGCAAAUCGUCUGGCUGUGACUGGCAAGGCGUGGGCGGAGAUUUUCAGCAAGUACAACAGUGGAACGUAUAACAACCAGUGGAUGAUUGUAGACUAUAACAACUUCACUCCAGGAAAGACUGACAUCAAAGAGGACCUCUUUGUUGUGCUGGAGCAGAUUCCGGGAUUCAUCGUGUACACUGAUAAAACUCAAGAAUUGUUGGAGAAAGGAUACUGGGCAAGUUUCAACAUACCGUACUAUGAAGAAGUAUUUAAUGCCAGCGGCUGUAAUGAGCUUGUGGAGAAGUUUGGCUCAUGGUUCUCCCUGGACCAGAAUCCUCGGGCUCAGAUCUUCAGAAGGAACCAGACCAAUGUCAAAGACAUUGACUCAAUGAUCCGCCUCAUGAGAUAUAACAACUUUAAAGAAGACCCCUUAUCAAAGUGUGAAGGCUGCAAUCCUCCUGCAAACGGGGAGAACGCAAUCUCAGCUCGUUCAGACCUCAACCCAGAAAAUGGAACAUAUCCGUUUGGUGCCCUGAGACAGAGACAACACGGCGGAACAGACAUGAAGAUGACCUCCUACGGGAUGUUCAAAGAUUAUGGCAUGAUGGCAGUGAGUGGGCCGACCUGGGACCAGGUGCCACCAUUUCAGUGGAGCACUUCCCCUUACAAAGACUUGAUGCACAUGGGUCAGCCUGAUACUUGGGCUUUCAAGCCUAUAAAAGUCACCUGGACUUAACAUUGUAGCAUCAAAUAAACCUGUCACCUGUGCUUUUUUUACAUUUUGACAAAAGAGAAAUGGUACCUGAAUGUAGCAAAACGUGACUGUUAUGAACACAAUAGUCAGAAUUCUCAGGAGAGCAGCAAAGUACUGAAUAAUUACAGUUUUUUAAUUUUUACUACUUUUAAUCGAAAAAGAAAUAUGAACAAAUAAGAAACAAGAUAACAAAGGUCAACAAUAUAACAAUCUAACUGUUCACAUUGUUCACUAUGUCUGGUUUUGUAUUUGUUUGUUGAAAAGCAAAUCAUUUCUGGUGGGGUCAUUGUUUUUGAAAUGGUUUUGUUUGUAUAGAAAUAUCUGUUUGGAAAUCUUUGAAAAAUAUCAAUCCACUAAAAUAAAUGCAAAUGCAGAACGUCUAUCACACUAAUGGUAAAUUACUUUUCAGUCCAUUCCUUGGCAUGUAUUAAUUUUCUGUUGUAUAAAUAUUUUCUAAAUAAAUUGUGUCCCGAU